AACAUGAAUGGAUACGCAGAGUCCCCUCCCAGCCACAGCGACCCUUCCAAGGGUGUGCGGGACCCCAAACCUGGCCAAACCCCGCUCCAGGAAGACGUGGAGAUGAGCAGCACGUGCAGCGGAAACGAGUCCAGUGAGAACUGCCGUCCUGGGCAGGGCAGCAAGUGGGACGACACCAAGGAGCUGGGAAUGGUGGUGGAAGCGCCUGAGGCCCACCAGGGCACUAAUGCCUUUAGUCUUAUGAUGACCAAGUCUGAACACAACCCGUCUACCAGCGGCUGCAGCAGUGAGCAGUCUGGCAAAGCAGACAUGCACAAAGAGCUGGCCAAGACCUUGAAGGAACUGAAGGUCCACCUGCCUGCGGACAAGAAGGCCAAAGGGCGAGCCAGCACGCUGGCCACCCUAAAGUAUGCCCUGCGUAGCAUGAAGCAGGUGAAAGCUAACGAGGAGUAUUACCAACUGCUCAUGCCCAGUGAGCACCACCUGUCUGGUGCGGAUGUGCCAUCGUACACCCUUGAGGAGAUUGAGAGCAUGACCUCAGAGCACAUGGUGAAGAACGUGGAUAUGUUCGCUGUGGCUGUGUCCCUGGUGACGGGGAAAAUCCUCUACAUUUCCGACCAAGUUGUGUCCAUCUUUCACUGCAAGAGAGCCACUUUCACCAACGCCAAGUUCGUGGAGUUCUUGGCACCUCACGAUGUGAGCGUGUUCCACAGUUCCACCACGCCGUACAAGCUGCCAGCCUGGGGCACCUGCAGCGGGACAGACUCUUUCACUCGAGAAUGUAUGGAGGAGAAGUCUUUCUUCUGUCGCAUCAGUGUUGGGAAAACCCACGAGGACAAGGUCCGCUACCACCCGUUCCGCAUGACACCUUACCUCGUCCAGGUGCGAGAUGCCCGGGACCCUGAGAGCCAGCUCGGCUGUGUCCUGCUGGCAGAGAAAGUUCACUCCGGCUAUGAAGCUCCCAGAAUUCCUCCCGAGAAGAGAGUUUUUACAACCACGCACACGCCCAACUGCUUGUUCCAGGCCGUGGACGGAAGGGUGGUCCCCCUCCUGGGAUACCUGCCCCAGGACCUGGAGGAGAGUCCAGUGCUCCUACAGCUACACCCGAGCGACCGGCCACUGAUGCUGGCCAUCCACAGAAAGAUCCUGCAGUCUGGCGGGCAGCCUUUCGACUACUCGCCCAUCCGUUUCCGCGCCCGGAACGGCGAGUACAUCACACUGGACACCAGCUGGUCCAGCUUCAUCAACCCCUGGAGCCGGAAGGUCUCCUUCAUCAUCGGAAGACACAAAGUCAGGGUGGGCCCCUUGAACGAAGACGUGUUUGCAGCCCCAGCGAGUGUGGAGGAGAAGGCCCUGCACCCCAGCAUCCAGGAGCUCACUGAACAGAUCUACCAACUGCUGCUGCAGCCCGUGCCCCACAGCGGCUCCAGCGGUUACGGCAGCCUGGGCAGCAAUGGGUCGCAGGAGCACCUCAUGAGCCAGACUUCCUCCAGUGAUAGCAAUGGCCGCGAGGAUGCCCACCAGAGGAGGCCUGAAAUUUGUAAAAAUGGUAACAAGACCAAAACCAAAAGUCACUAUUCUUACAAAUCCGGAGAACUAAAGAAAAAACCUGCGAGAGACCUGCAGAGCUGUCUGCCUGCUCCCACAAAGGUGGCCCCAACCACAGACAAGGAUGAUGCAGGUGCUGGCGUCCCCAAAGCCACCUUUCCCGAAGAGCUGGCCUGCAAGGCCCAGCCGGCCUGCUCCUACCAGCAGAUCAGCUGUCUGGACAGCGUCAUGAGGUACCUGGAAAGCUGUGGUGAGGUCACCACACUGAAGAGGAAGUAUCAGUUCCCAGCCCUGAAUGCUAGCGACAAGCGCAAGGCCACUGGAGGUAGCGUGUCUGCUUUUAGCUGUAGAAGCCCCGCCAAGGCGGACAGCCACGCAGAGGUCAGCACGCACCUGACCUCCCUGGCACUACCCAGCAAAGCGGACAGCGUGCUGUCCCUCACCAGCCAGUGCAGCUACAGCAGUACCCUGGUCCAUGUCGGGGACAAGAAGCCACAGCCCGAGCUAGAAAUGAUUGAAGAUGCGGCCAGUGGGGCUGAGUCCCUGGACGGGCCAGCCGGCCCCAUGCUGAGCUGCAGUCUGGGCCCUGAGAAAGAGCCCUUCAAGAGGCUGGGUCUCACCAAGGAGGUGCUGGCUGCGCACACCCAGAAGGAGGAGCAAGGCUUCCUGUUCAAGUUCAGGGAGAUCCGGAAGCUCAGUGUGCUCCGGUCUCGCUACCACUACAACCUACAGGAGCGGUCCCAGGGACAGUCCAGUGAGCUGACUGCUCCGGGACUAAGAAAUGUUUCCGGGGUGCAUUCGUCAUGGAAAAAAACUGGGAGGAACAGGAAGUUCAAAUCCAAGCGGGCCAAGCCCCAAGACUCAUCCGGCAGUACGGCAUCCGGAGGGCCAGUGCCCACCCGUGCCCCGCUGGCAGGCCUCAAUGCCACAGCCUGGUCCCCUUCGGACACAUCCCAGUCCAGCUGCCCUGCUGUAUCUUUCCCUGCUCCCAUGCCAGCCUACCCCUUGCCCGUGUUUCCCGCACCAGGGCCGCUGGCAGCGGCUUCCAACAUCCCCCACACAGGCUUCGACUCUACGGGGCAGCCCCCACCAUUCGCAGCCCCCUUGACCCCAGUCAUGGCCUUUGUGCUGCCCAGCUAUCCCUUCCCUGCCAUGGCCCCAGGGCUGCCACAAGCCUUUUUCACCAGCCAGACUAACAUCCCGGGCCACCCCGAGAUGCUCUCUGCCUCGCAGCCCGCAUUCCCCAGCCGGACCCCGCUGCUCCCACAGCCGUGUCCCUGUCCCCGGGUAGAGCGUGGGCAGUCCACAUCCCGUGCAGCCACCCCAGCCACCCCGUCCUCCACCACCGGGCCCACCGGCCGGGCCUCCCCGCCACUCUUCCAGUCCCGAGGCAGCUCGCCUCUGCAGCUCAACCUGCUACAGAUGGAAGAGACCCCCGAGGGCGGCGCUGCAGCCACAGGGCCUGUGGGGACCGCCGCUGCCAGGUCAGACACCAAGCCAGCCACGGCCCGGGACCACCCAUCAAAGGCACAGCCAACGCUCAGUGGAGCCUCUGAGGCCCAACACAGCGAUGCCCUGUCCACCUCCAGUGACCUACUCGACCUCUUGCUCCAUGAGGACCUCUGCUCGGCCACGGGCUCAGCCCUAUUGGGGAGCGCCACCUCAGGUUCCCUGGGUUCCGGGUCGCUGGGCUGCACAGUGUCCAGGAGUGGGACAGGUAGUAGUGACACAAAUCACACCAGCAAAUAUUUUGGAAGCAUCGACUCUUCAGAGAACAACCGCAAAGGGACAAGGAGUGCGGACGUGGGCGAGAAUGAGCGUCUGAUUAAGUACGUCCUCCAGGAUCCCAUCUGGCUGCUGAUGGCCGACACGGACCCCAGUGUCCUGCUGACCUAUCAGAUGCCUGCCCGAAAUCUCGACGCAGUUCUGAAAGAGGACAGAGAGAAGCUGAAAGCUCUCCAGGACUUCCAGCCCCAGUUCACGGAAGCUCAGAAGCAGGAGCUCCGUGAGGUCCACCCCUGGAUGCAGAUGGGCAGCCUGCCCUCGGCCAUAGAUGUGCAGGAAUGUGUUUACUGUGAAGACAAGGGAAAGGGUGACCUUUGUGUCUCACAUGAGGAAGAUGCUGCUGCUCUGUGCACCCCUGAAGAACCCAGCCUCCUGAGUCAGGACAGCCGAGAGCAAACGUAG